CGCAUUUCCGGUGGCGUCACCUGCACGUGGAUCAUCCUCCGUCUUCGCUCGUCGCGUUGAAGGUGCGAGCUACCGCUGACAUCAACAAGACAAACCAGAGAUAUCCCCCGGGAUAAACGAUCUUAACUGCUCCUCGCACGCCCGCACACGCACACCAUGGCCAAGAGCAUCCGCAGCAAGUGGAGGCGCAAGAUGCGUGCCGAAAAACGCAAGAAGAACGCCCCCAAGGAGAUGGCGCGGCUCAAGGCGAUCCUGGGCACGGACGCUAGCGGCGACACUCGCAUGGAUGAGGUGAAGGACGUGGUGACGAUGGUGCCCGUGGAGAAGCUCAAGAGGGCGACGACGACCACCACGUCGACCGCGUCGACCACAAAGGCAGACGUGGAGAUUAAGGGGGACAAUGCUGAAGAGACCCAAAGUAUGGAUUUGGACAGCAAGAGGAAGAAGUCCACCUACCUAAACGAGCAUGGACAAUACCCCAAGUGGAUGAACCCACGGCAGUGUAAGCGCAUCAGGGCAAAGAGGCUUCGAAAAAAUGGCAAGUGUAAAGGCAUUGCCAGCAAGCACUCCAAGGGUCUGGCGUGGUGAUUCAGAAGGCCUCUUCCCCACCUGUUUGUCCCAGAUUGCCAUAGGCAGUGUAAAGGUGUAAAGAUAAUUUCCCCCCCCCCCCCCUUAUUCCAUCACAGAUUAAACAUUUGGGGAGACGAAUGUGAAAUUAUCAGCUGUACAGGCCCUUGUACACCUAAUUCAUUUCCACAAUUGCUGAAAAGAUGUGAUGGUGUGUGUGUGCUUGUGUUCAAUAUAUUGUGAAAAGGUUUAAUAAAAAAAUGUAUUGCACAA